ACCCAACAGCAUUACCACCAUCACCAAAAAAGCCAGCAGCAACAGCAAGGGGCAGAGAUAUGACGGAAGGAUCUGCAAAACUCGCGAUGGUGGCAAUAUUAUGGGUUCUGGUGGCCGCAGCCACCGCGCCGGAGCCAGUGUCGGCCAUGUGCGGCAUCAGCACAGAUGGUCUAGUUGCAUGCAAGCCGUCGGUGGCAAUCGGCAAAAACCCUGCGCCGCCCUCGGCCGCCUGCUGCUCGGCUCUCUCCGGUGCCGACAUGAACUGCCUCUGCCAGUACAACAAGCCCGAGCUCUUGGCUUCGCUGGGCAUCGACCGGAAGCUCGUCAUGCAACUCCCCACCAAGUGCAACCUGGCACAGCGGGUUCCCUGCGCAUGAGCCGGCCCGCCCCCUCGUUAAUAAUUAUUGUUUGGAAUAUGUACUGGGGAUGGAUAAACUUGUGUAGUAAGUAUGAGCACGAGUUGAACAAGUGCUUCAAUAUUUGUGUUGUAUGCUUGCCGUGUGCUUUCUUUCUACUGUUGUCGUCGCAAUGUAUGUACUUAUUAAAGUAUUCGGUGUGUCUUUGAAUUAUGAUGUAAUGGAAAGAGUUUCUUUUUUC